UUGCCUUUAAACUCUCGUUUGAGUUUCUGUCGUCUUGAUUUGGUUUCUGUGUUGGUCUAUGGCCUAGGGGGUCCUUUUCCUGUUUAAAACCAAGCGCGAAAAUAAUAAAAAAAUUAACUAGAUGAUUCAUCCUAGCAUGCUGAUUGCUGGCUGCUCCUUGUUAUAUCUGCAUGAAACUCCAGCUUGUGCUUGGAUCGUUUGUUCAGAGAAGAUUUGAUUUUCUGGUCUAGUAGGGUCUCCCCGUUCCAUGAAGUCCUCUGCUGGUGAGCAAGAAGAAAGCCAAAUCCAACAUGAAGCUGCAGAAGGUAGCAUGCUCUCGGGAGCCAUGUCGCUCGCGUCGCAGCCAAGCCUCCGUUCCUUGCCUUCCUUGGGUGUCCAUGACCUGAACACAAGCCCUUCGUUCCACCGGUGCAUCGCCACGCUCAGAGGCAACUCAUCGUCGUCUUACGUCUCCGCUCUCGCCGUCGACGGUGACUCGCUGUACAUCGCCUCGUCGGACGGGCGUAUCAGGCUGUGGGCACUGGACAGCGCAAGGAGAAGCCGGGAGGAUCAUCAGCAGGAUGACACUUGCAGCAGCACUACGGUUGCUGACACCGGCAGCUCCGUCAAGUCUCUCCUCGCCACGGGCAAUGGCGGGCUCCUCCUGAGCUCCCACCAUGACGGCAAGAUCAGAGCGUGGCGUGCCGGUAGUAGCCGGAGGGACGGGACACGGCAGUUCAUCCUGCGCGCCGUGCUGCCGACCGCCGUGGACCGCCUGCGGACAUGCCUGCUGCCGUGGAGCUACGUGGAGAUCCGGCGGCACAGGAGGUGCACUUGGGUGCACCACGUGGACGCGGUGACCGCGCUCGCGGUGUCCCCGGACGGCGCGCUCCUGUACUCCGCGUCAUGGGACCGGAGCCUCAAGGUGUGGCGCCUGCCCGACUUCCGGUGCGUGGAGUCGAUCGCGGCGGCGCACGACGACGCCAUCAACGCGCUCGCCGUGUCGCCCGACGGGCGCGUGUACACGGGGUCGGCGGACAAGAAGAUCAAGGCGUGGACGCGCGGCGGCCCGGGGCAGAAGAAGCACGCGCUGGUCGGCACCAUGGAGCGGCACAGGUCGGCGGUGAACGCGCUCGCUCUCGGAGCAAACGGGAAGGUGCUCUACUCCGGCGCGUGCGACCGCUCCGUAGUCGUCUGGGAGAGCGCCGACGGCGACGUCGGCGGACGCAUGGAGGCCACCGGCACGCUGAGAGGGCACGCGAAGGCGAUACUGUGCCUGGCGGCGACCGGUGAGCUGGUGUGCAGCGGCUCGGCGGACAGGACGGUCAGGGUGUGGAGGAGGGGGCCGGAAAAUGCGUACACUUGCCUUGCCGUCAUGGAAAGCCAUGGCGCGGCCGUGAAGAGCUUGGCAUUGGUGUACGGACGUGACGAUGUAUCGUCGUGCUCGUCGGAGGGUGCGUCUGCUCUUGUUUGCAGCGGCACGCUGGAUGGGGAUGUGAAGAUCUGGAGCGUGUUUAUUCCAUGCUUGCUUCCGGGAAGUAGCUAGUUUUCUAACUCUCUUCAUGGCUUCAAGUUCUUCAAAAGCUGUAAAUUAUAUGUCCACGUCUGUAAGGAUGAUGGAUCCAUCCAACAAAGCUAUCUCCAUUCUCCUCGCAACGAAGCUAUGUCCACGUCUUCAAGACC